AUGCGCUCGGGAAACCCCGCGGAGGCGUUCCCGGGCCAAGGGACCUUGGUCAAAGAGUCGAGCACAUUGAUCAAUCAAGUCUUAGUGAGCGACCCAUCGGUGGACAUCGAGCGAGAACAGGUCCGACAAGCCGGUACAUCAGUAUCUCCGUCGACUGAUGGUACUCCAACCCCUGGGCUGGGCUUGGUGGGUAGUGACGGCGUGGAUGAUGGAGGUCGCGGCGGGCUGCGGAGUCGGCAUGAUUACAACGAGAAUUCGAUUAAGCGGAAGGAGACAACAUUCGGUCAGUACAUUUUGGGUCAAACGCUUGGAGAGGGUGAGUUCGGGAAAGUGAAGCUGGGGUGGAAGAGGGAUGGCAGUAUUCAAGUGGCUAUCAAGCUGAUCCGGAGGGAGUCUCUUGGAUCGAACCCCAGCCGGCUACCUAAGAUAUAUCGGGAAAUCUCGAUCUUGCGCGAUCUUUCCCAUCCCAACAUCGUCCGGUUACAUGAAAUGGUGGAGACCGAUAAGCACAUUGGUAUCAUCAUGGAAUAUGCGUCCGGGGGCGAACUUUUCGAUCAUAUCUUGAAUAACCGGUAUCUCAAAGACAAUUCUGCUCGACGUCUCUUUGCGCAGUUGGUAUCUGGUGUCGGCUACCUCCACAAGAAGGGCAUUGUCCAUCGAGAUCUAAAGCUUGAAAACUUACUGCUGGAUCGAAACCGUAACAUCAUCAUCACAGACUUCGGUUUCGCAAAUACCUUCGAUCCGCUGGAUGAGCUAGGAGAGGAGAUCGAAUAUAAUCUGACGAACAAGGAGUUUGUAAAGAGGAUGCGACUUGACAAGCCCAAUGCGAAGGGCUUAAGGCGUGGUGAUUUGAUGCAAACUAGCUGUGGGAGUCCCUGUUACGCUGCACCAGAGCUUGUUGUUAGCGAUUCGCUGUAUACCGGACGCAAAGUGGACGUUUGGAGCUGCGGUGUCAUCUUGUAUGCAAUGCUUGCUGGCUAUCUGCCAUUCGAUGAUGACCCCGCCAAUCCGGACGGUGAUAAUAUCAACCUCCUCUAUAAGUAUAUUGUCACGACGCCUCUCACGUUCCCCGAGUACGUGACUCCACAUGCCCGUGAUCUCUUGAGACGAAUAUUGGUUCCAGAUCCGCGGAAACGAGCAGAUUUGUUCGAGGUUGCACGGCAUAGCUGGCUUAACGAGUACUCGCACAUUGUGUCACACAUAACUAGCAGUACAACCAAGGUUGCUGAUAUUGCUACUACGACUGUUUCUCAUGGUACGACGCUCUCGGGACAUGUACGCUGUUUACCUGCUAAUUCGUUGCCUCGAUCAGAACAACCCAAAGAGGCCCCAUCCCUCGGGCGCAGCGCGUCGGUUAGAGAGCCUCCCAAAACCUACCAAAGCACAGUCCCCUCUCUGGGUGCUCUUGUUCACCAUGCUGGCAAUAUCUCACAGGAACAACCUGCCGAAAGCUCUAAGACUCCCCGGGACACGAAACGGAGAACCGUCCAGGUCGAAUAUGUUGCUCCUUCGUCUCAGACUACGAGAGGGGAGGGCAUGGGAUCAGCCACGGCGGGCCCAUCGAGUGCUGCUGAAACUGCUGAACAUGUGCCCACUGGAGCAAGGUCAAAUAGCCGAGAUGCUGAGACUGUCUCACCUACCAGUGGCGUACCGCAAGACGCGCCUAUGGCGCCAAGCGCACAGGCUGGAGACUCAAAGGCACAGCGCCCGCAAUCUGGGCAUUUGCCUCGCUCAACUUCGGACUCGACAGCACUUACGGGAGCGGGGACAAUGCCCCAACCACAUUCCAUGCGGCCUACCACUGGUGCAUCCAUGUCUUCAUUCAAUACCGGUCGUUUGCCAUCGCGAGGAUCCUACGGACAGCCCGUAGCUCCCACUGUAGCGGCAACCAAUGCGCAUGGUCGGCUGGCACAACCGAAGAGCAAGCAAUAUGUCAUCUCGAACCCCAUCCCUCAGGAUCCUUCCCAACCGGCUGCGGCGUCGAUUGGUCGUCCGAGCACCCAGGCUCUUCCUGCAAAGUUCAAUACAACCCCCCGACAAGAACCCCCGAAAGGCCACAAGAGAUCAAAUACUGUCUCAGGGAUUGGCGAGAAAUUGUUCGGGCGGUCUGGGUCCAUUUUUGGAGGACGUGGUGGGCAGGCAAAUGCUCGUCAAAAAAGCGGCAAACGUUAUCCUCCUACAAGUAUGAAAGAUCCGUAUGGUGGUGAUAUGCCCCGGAUGUCUAUGGAUUCACGGCGGUCCAUGCAAUAUGGAUCAAACCGGAAGACGAGCGAAACAGGUGGUGAGAGUCGGCCUCGUAGAUUCUCCCUCUUGCCGGCAUCAUUCUCUCUCAAGGGUCUUUCUUCGAGCAGAUCUCAGACCCCCGAUGAAGAGUCACAAGUCGAUCGCUCCACGGAUAAUCGGGCUCAGCAAAAACCAUCAACCGGGGAACUACGACCCCGCGCACGUGCGACCAGCCACGGAACACAAGAUGCAAUAGGAGUCAUGCCAGAAGGGGCACCGGCAGAUGAGGUCUUCGUCCAAGAUGAGCCCAUCAACUACCAGGCCCUUUCCCGACCUACAAGAGGGGCCAGUGUCCUACAGAAAAAUCAUCGGAAAUUUGCCGAUGCCUAUGAGUACGAGCGCGAUUCAUCACACCAUUCCGGCAGCUCUGGUGCGGCCAGAAAAGUGAUGGAUUUCUUCCGUCGACGAGCGAAGUCGAGGGCUGCCGAUGACAGGUAG